UAUUCUUAUCUACAUUCUCAUUUUGCUUGUCUAGUGCAUAACAAUUCACAUUGUUACGCUGAAUAUUAUGCAACUGAAAUAGGAAAACAUCAGCUGACAAAUAUAUACACAAAUUGUCAAUGAUGCCUAUCCUACUUUUCCUAACUUCAGUUCCCCAAGCUCUCUGAACCCAGAAAAGUCAAUAUUUAUCUAUUAUAAAGCCUUUUGGCUGCAGCAAGAAGGAAAUUGUGAUCAUGGUAGCCAUGCAGACAGCUUAUCGAUUUCCUCCUGCAAUUUUGUUAGUCCAUUUUCUAAUGGCCUGCUUGGCUAUGGCAACUAACAAUAUCACCACCAUGGAUCGAUCUUCUCUUCUCUCCUUCAAAGCCCACUUGAAUUUAGAGCCUUCACACAUUUUAUCCAAUAAUUGGUCGGUUUCUACUUCUGUCUGUGUAUGGAUUGGAGUUACAUGUGAUACUCUCAACCAAAGAGUGACUGCUUUGGAUAUUUCUAGCAUGAAUCUUAGUGGAAACAUACCUCCACAAUUGGGGAAUCUGCCGUUUCUUGAUUCUCUCAACUUGAGCAGAAACUAUUUUAAGGGGAGUCUGCCUCGAGAAUUCAUUCAACUUCAACGAAUAAGAAUAGUUGAUUUUGGGUUCAAUAGUUUGAGUGGACGAAUUCCAUCUUGGUUUGGUUUCUUACCUAAAUUACAAAUGUUGAAUCUCAGAAAUAACAGUUUUACUGGUUUCAUUCCACCUCUUCUGUCUAAUAUAUCGACUCUGCAGGAGUUAGAUCUCUCUUUCAAUCCUCUACAAGGGAAAAUCCCAGAAGAGAUUGGAGAUCUUCAUAACUUGAGAACACUAAAAUUACAAUAUAACAGGCUCUCUGGCAUGAUACCUUUGGCGAUUUUCAACAUUUCGACUAUGGAAAUUCUUGCCUUUACAGGGAACAGCUUAUCUGGUAAUCUUCCUGUUGACAUAUGUCAUGGAGUUCCAAGACUCAAAGGGCUUUAUUUAUCUUCAAAUGGAUUUGAUGGUGAAAUUCCUUCCAGUCUAUCAGAAUGUUCACAACUUCAUCUUCUUGAUUUAUCAUACAAUAAAUUCAGUGGAUCCAUACCAGGAGAAAUCAGUGACUUAAAAACACUUGAGAUUCUUCGGCUCAGAUCAAACUAUUUGACAGGUGCAAUCCCACAAGAACUGGGUAAUCUUCAGAAUGUAGCGAGGUUAGCUAUUGGAGGAAAUUUUCUUACAGGUUCUAUACCAGCCAGUAUCUUUAACAUUCCCUCGCUGAAAUAUCUUGAUAUUUCAAGUUGUAACCUGUCUGGCACUCUCCCAACAGAUAUAUGCACUGAUGGAACCCACCUUGAAGUUGUUUAUUUGCAUCUUAAUCAAUUAUAUGGCCAACUCCCAACAAGAAUACAUCAAUGCUCAGAACUUCAGAUCUUAUCAUUAACCAACAAUUCUUUUAGUGGGCAAAUUCCAGGAGAGAUUGGGAAUUUAACAUUGCUCACUGCACUAUAUAUUUCCACUAACGAAUUAACAGGUGAAAUCCCACAAGAAAUUGGCAAUCUUUACAAUUUGGAGUAUCUUGAUUUGGGCCAUAAUUACUUAAGUGGUUCCAUGCCAAUGGGAUUCUUCAAUCUCUCAAAAUUAAUUUUAGUUACACUUUCAAAUAAUCAAUUGUCAGGCAACCUUCCGGUGAGUUUUGGUUACGGACUACCAAAUCUUGAAGAACUCUACAUGACUGGAAAUAGUUUCAGUGGAAGGAUACCUGAUUCCAUCUCAAACUCCUCUAAACUCAGUAUAAUAAACUUUUCUUUCAACAAUUUUACUGGACCAUUAUCCGACUCUUUUGGAGAGUUGAGAUUCCUCGAAAUUCUGUACUUGAACGGUAACAAUUUGACUAGCGCAUUCCAGACUUGAGCUUCAUAUCUUCAUUAACAAAAUG